AUGCUAAUAAUGUUGAAUAAAACAAACUGGAUCCCGGCCUCAUUCAUUCUUAGUGGAGUCCCAGGACUGGAAGAUAUACACAUGUGGAUUUCCUUCCCAUUCUGCUCCAUGUAUGUGGUGGCCAUGGUAGGGAAUUGUGGGCUGCUCUACCUCAUCCGCUAUGAGGAUUCAUUGCACAGACCCAUGUAUUACUUUCUAGCCUUGCUUUCCCUAACUGAUAUUGCCAUGUGCUCUAGUACAAUUCCUAAAGCUCUCUGCAUCUUCUGGUUUCAUCUCAAGGAAAUCAGCUUUGGUGAAUGUCUGGUCCAGAUGUUCUUCAUCCACACCUUCACUGGAAUGGAUUCUGGGGUGCUCAUGCUUAUGGCCCUGGACCGUUAUGUGGCUAUCUGUUACCCACUGCGUUAUUCUACUAUCCUCACCAAUCCUGUCAUUGCAAAAGUCGGACUUGCUACUUUCCUGAGAGCAGUGUUGCUCAUCAUUCCCUUCACUGUCCUCACCAAGAAACUGCCCUACUGCAGAGGGAAUAUAAUCCCCCACACUUACUGUGACCACAUGUCUGUAGCCAAAUUAUCCUGUGGCAAUGUCAAGGUCAAUGCCAUCUAUGGUCUGACGGUUGCCCUCCUGAUUGGGGGCUUUGACAUUCUGUGCAUCACAAUCUCCUACACCAUGAUCCUCCGGGCAGUGCUCAGCCUCUCUUCAGCAGAUGCUCGACAGAAGGCCUUCAGCACCUGCACUGCCCACAUCUGUACAAUUGUUUUCUCCUACAGCCUAGCCUUUUUCUCCUUCUUUUCCCACCGCUUUGGGGGCCACACAAUCCCUCCAUCUUGCCACAUCAUUGUGGCCAAUAUUUAUCUGCUCUUGCCUCCCACUAUGAACCCUAUUGUGUAUGGGGUGAAAACCAAACAGAUACGAGACUGUGUCAUAAGGAUCCUUUCAGGUUCUAAGGACAUCAAACCCCAAGGUGUAUGA